AUGAAAGAAGCAUCUAAUAUUAAUGAUGAAAAAAGACCUUUGGCAUCUAUUCCAUUGUAGACUUUCCUUUAUUUUGAUUAUAUUUUUACAGUAUUCACAUUAUAGUCAUAUUUAGUACAUAUAUUUCAUAAUUGAAAUAAUUGUCUUUAUCUACAAAGGUUAUGGAUUAUUUUAUCCUCCAAAUAAAAUAGGAAUAGAAAUAUUUUUACAAUUUCUAUUAGGAUUUUGUUAAUUUCCUCGAUUAAUAUUAGGAUCAAUUGGCAAUAAAACAGAAUCUCCAUCAUAAAUUUUAUGGUAUUGAAUAUGAUGUCUAUUAAAGGUUUGUUUUACUAAUUUUUCCUUGCAUAUUCUUUUACAUCUUUUUUAUUGUUUUGUAAACUUAUGUAGUUAUUUUGGAAAUAAUAAUAAACGUGAUUGCUUUGAUAUUUAUAGUGUUUGAAUUGCUAUUUAGCUUAUCAGCAUUUUUAACUUUUAAAAAUUAUGAGAAAUAGCAAUGA